AUGAGUGAACAGGCCAAAACAGAGCUGUCAUGUGGGGAGUAUGGCAGGGGUGGACCCUGGUCCCCCCAGAGAAAAUGGUGGCAGUCCAGCCGGCUUUUCAAUCAGGAUGUUGGCCUGCCGCCUUUCCUGGAGCCGGGGGACGCUUGGUGGAUGAAUGUGGACUGGCUCCAGAGGAGCUUGGCAGCCUCUGCCUGGCCAGGGUACAUGCCCGCUCCGCUGUUUGUGCCCUACAUCUCUGGGUCGAUGCAUCACCCCGGCCAGAAGAUUAGUAAGGAGCAGUUCAAGUGGAGGGUCAGCCUGGACGUGGCUCACUUCUCUGCCUCGGAGAUUUCUCUCAGCGUCAUAGAUGGAUUCCUGGAGAUUGGAGGAAAACACGAGGAGAGGCCAGACGAGCAUGGAUUUAUUGCCAGAUGUUUUACAAGGAAAUACAGGCUCCCAGCUGAGAUUGACGCUACCAAAAUCAUGUCCACGCUUUCUGUUGAUGGUAUCCUGACUGUGGAAGCUCCAGUUCCUGAAACCUCUGUUCCUGCUGCCAGCAUCAUUCCCAUAAAGGUGGAGAUGGAGGCUACUGGAGAAGAAGAAGAAAAACAUGAGAAGGAAGAAACCCCUGAAACAGACCCGGAUAGUAGCAGAGCACCAGAGGCUCCAGAGCUUCCGUCUGCAGAAGAUCAUGGGGAGGAGCCUCCACUAGAGGUCCAUGGUGAUCAGGCCCACCCUGACGGUGCCACAUUUGGGCUUCAGCAGCAGGAAGAGAGGAGGGAAAAGGAGGAGGAGACCCAUGAAGAGCCAGCUGGAGAGUCCCACCCUUCAGCGUCUGCAGAUGGCAAAGGCACAGAGAGUCCUCAAGAUUCUUCUAAGCACCAUGAAGCCCCGGAAAGCCAAGAAAGCCCAGAUACGGACGCGUCCAAACAGCCGGAACACAAAGAACCAGCCGUGGAUGAAGAGAUCCAGGUAAUGGCAGGCUCAGUGGACGCUGCCGAGGAGAUCACCCAGCCCGAGGAGCCGGAGCUGGGCAAAAGUCCACUGAGCGAGGUUCCGAGCCAGGAGCUGGAGGUUCCCGACAUAAAACAAGAACACACCGAGUAG